AUGGCGACCCUCCACUGGCAGCGCGAUAUUGGUAGCGACAUCGCAGGCGUCAAGAACACGUUCUCAGGAUGGGAUCAGUGCAUGGCGAAGGCAUAUUGUAAAUGGCCUGUGAUAGUAGGCAUUAUCAUCGGCUCCCUCAUUGUUCUUUCGAUCGUUUGGUGCAUCGCGCGCUGCCUCUGCUGCGGAGCUGAAUGCUGCUGUGGAUGCCUUUCGUGCUGCAAUGCUUGCUGCCCCUCGCCACGAGGUUCCAAGAAUCAUGGCGGCUACCAACAAGCGCCUCCCACGCCUUCACCUUUCUACAACCAGUACCAACCGCCUCCAGGACCCGCGUAUGCUAGCGGAGCAAUAGGUGGAUACAGGAGCGGAAAUGUUGCACAGACGGCGACAUUCGAGACACCCUCUAAGAAUGGGAGAUAUAAUGAAGAUGCGUUGCCGGCAAUGCCCAGCUGGGAUAACGCGACAAGUCGCAGAGAGGAGGUUAUGGAGAUGGAGAAGUUGAAUCAGCAACAAAAUGGACACACAUCUGGCGCUGGCGAUGGCAUGAUGUACCAGAACCCCGAGCCUACCCAUGCGUACGGACACCAGCAGGGGCAGCACACCCAGCAGGAGAGUCUGCUCCCUCAGCAAGACCCAGGUCGUUACUAUGGUGCUGGUCAGCGAUCGCCCGUUGCUCGUCAGGAUUUUGCACACGAGGGAGACAUUGGCGGAAUGGCUGCGAACCCCUAUAGCGACUACCAAAAUCAACGACCGCAGCAGUUCUCUCCAGGUCCAUACGGCGCGCAAAGUCGUGCACCGGUGUCACCUUAUUCGCCUGUGUCUCCAGCACCUCAGUACAACAACGGCACACAGGCAGACUACUACGGCGCAGGAGCUGGCGCAGCGCACUCGCAGCAAAGAGGCUACGAAGCUAGCAUUCCCCCCUCAUAUCACACAAGGCCGCCGAGCGAUAAUAUUGUGAGCCCAUUAAGCCCACCGCCGCAAGCGUCGUAUCCAGGGCAGGCGAGCUAUCAACCUUACGGCGGAGGUAGUGGAGUUGGCAGGAAGCCUGUGCAAGGCAGCUGGAGGGAGGUCUGA